UGCCGCUCUAAGCGUGGUGCUGCCCUAACCUAUCCUUUGUGACUGUAAUUACCGCCGUGAGCAGAGCAUUUAACAGAAAUUAGUCUGGGUUCCUUUGUGGCUUCCCGUGAGCGUGUUUUCCAGCCCUUUCAGAACCAUCUCCCAGAGAUCGCUAUCCAGAAUGAAUCACCUGAAAACACCUGUUGGUCUCUGCUGUAGGUUACGCUGCUGACAAUGCCUGGAAGCGGCGCAGAGGUCUGCGGAGAGGGAGAGUACUUGUACGAAAGCAUUUGCUGCGUGCUGUGCCCGGCAGGUACUUAUGUUGCUCAGCACUGCAGUAUUCCACAUUCAAGUGGAAGAUGUGCCUCUUGCACCGAAGGAAGAGAUUACACUGCCCAUGCAAAUGGCUUGGAAGAAUGCUUGCUGUGCAGAGAGUGCAAAGACGACCAGAUAACUUCAAGAAUCUGUACUGUGACAAGUGACACUGAAUGCCAAUGCAAACAGGGAUACUUUUGCCCUGCUGAAGGCUGUGAAAUAUGUCAGAAAUGCAGUCAAAUGUGUCCAGAAAAGAAAGAAAUUGUGCGGAUUUGCAAUGCUACAAUGGACCUAGAAUGUGGCUUACCUGAUCAAGGAAAUAAAUAUCUUACUUGGACGACUGUAAUAAUUUCGGUUGCUGGUUUUUUUGCUGGUUUGCUUGUGUUCUGUGCAAUAAGGAAGCGUAAGAGUGAUAAAGCCGCUUUAUCUGACAAAGAAGAGAGGAGCCAGACAUACGAAGAUGAUACACUUCUAUCAGAAGUGAAGAUACCUGAAAAUAAUGCAUCCCCUCCAAAUAGUGAGAACUCUGGUGAGAACCCAGAGGGUCAAGCAUACAAUAGUGUUAAUUUAGAAGUGGAAAACACAUCUCCAGAGGAAAACAGUGCUGUGAGAGUGUCUUAUGAGAGAGGCACCGUCCCACAGAAGAACUUGUGGUACCAAACACAAGAAUGUUGGAAGAGGAUCAAAAACUAUUCAUCAUCUACAAUAAAUAGUUGUAAUCCUGCUUUUCAACCAAAUGCCCGGUGUAAAAUAAGGGGUGUUAAGAUGCCAGCAUAUUUUAUGGUACAAAAGCAAAAGUGUCAAAUAAUUGUUAAAGAUCUCACUCAAAAAGAACAGAUGGAUUGCUUUUCUGCUUUUAUAAAUAUAGUACCAGUGAAAAAAUGGAAGAAGCUUAUGAGAACUCAUCUGGAGGAAAAUGUUAUUGAUAAAAUUGAGUAUAAGUGGCCUAAUAACAUAGACGAGCAAUCUUAUCAGAUGCUUCUCACCUGGAAAAACACAUUGGGGGAGAAACAAACUAUUAUUAAGUUAUUGGAUGAGCUAUGGGAUAUAGAUACCAGGGCUUACAGUAAAAUAGUCCACAUUUUAACAAGUAAUAACAUUAUAAGUAAAAUAGAAACUACAGCUUAACGUUCCCAGUGAACUUCAGAAAUGUUCCUGUACGUAUAUAGGAAGUUUGUAGAAGUGAGAAUGUUGUAAACUACUGGUAACUGUGGUGGUGUGGAUGUGAUGCCCUUCUUACCUGCACAUGGGCUGGGAGUCGUUUAACACAUCUUGUGCUGAAUUGUGACAAGACUCCAGAAGCAAUAUUCACUUUAUUUUGUUUUUUGUUUGUU